CUCUGGCCGCUUCCGGCACGGAAGGACGAUGUGGGCGACGCGCGGAGUGCUGCGGACCUGGGCCCUCUCCUUGGCGCGGUCCCCGGGGACCCGGGCCUACGGUGGGGGCGGGGGCGUCUCCUACACGCAGGGCCAGAGCCCAGAGCCGCGGACGCGCGAGUACUUUUACUAUGUGGAUCAUCAGGGCCAGCUUUUCCUGGAUGACUCCAAAAUGAAGAACUUCAUCACCUGCUUCAAAGACCCGCAGUUCCUGGUCUUCUUCUUCUCCCGCCUGAGACCCAACCGCAGCGGGCGCUACGAGGCCUCCUUCCCCUUCCUCUCGCCCUGCGGCAGAGAGCGCAACUACCUACGCUGCGAGGACCGUCCCGUGGUCUUCACGCAUCUGCUGGCCGCUGGCCCCGAGCCCCCGCGCCUCUCCUACUGCGGCGGCGGCGAGGCCCUGGCCGUGCCCUUCGAGCCGGCGCGCCUACUGCCCCUGGCCUCCAAUGGGCGUCUCUACCACCCGGCGCCGGAGCGCGCGGGCGGCGUGGGCCUGGUGCGAUCGGCUCUGGCCUUCGAGUUCAGCGCCUGCUUCGAGUACGCGCCCGGCUCGCCCGAGCUGCCCUCGCACGUGCGCUGGCAGGGCAUACGUUUCGCCCUCACCAUGGACCUGGCCCCGCUGCUGCUCGCCGCCCCGCCGCCCUGAGCAGCGGGCUCGCAGCCGU